AGGGGCGAUGGGGGAGAAUAAAAGGGGGGCGGGGAGGCGGUGGUCAAUAAAUGGAAAGAAAUGAGCUGCUCGCGAGGCCCGAAGCGGGUGAAGCGCUAUGAAUUCUGAGCACUACCAUGAUAGGAUCGCAAGGACGAAUCCGAUCGAAGUAGGAGAAGCUACCUUCCCUCACUCUGAGGAGGAAGAAGAGGAACAUCGAAGAAGCACAAAUUUAACAGAUCAUUACGAGUGAAAAGCACGAAUUGAUGGACUUCACCUUCUUUUGAAUCCUCCUCCUCCUCCUCCUCCUCCUCCUCACUGUUGUCAGUCCACAUGAAGAAAAGGAUUUUAGCAGACACUGUGAUUUGUGCGUGUUCUUUUGAGCUUCUGUUUUAAACGGAGAUCUUUGCGUCGUCGGUUAUAUAUUAUGGAGGAACGGAAAGCUGGAAUCUUUGGCUUUGUUUUGGUGGGAAUUGCGAGAUCUGUGUUCCGCAGAUUGUGCAUUCAUAGCUUUGGGAGAGGAAUAGAUUAGCUUAAACUUGUCCCCGGUGCGGGGGUGGGAAUUUGGUGCGCGUCGAAGACAUGCUAGAGAAGGAGUCCUUUUUUAUCUCGAGAGCAUUGCCGAGCUCCUGCGAGCAAGAAUCCAAGUUGGCUUACAUGACCUAUCAUCUCCUUGAGAUCACUACCAACAAACGCCCUCCGCUUGUGGAACCUUUGGAGCUCUGUGAAGCUGCUUCAGUAAAGAAGGCUAAAUCCGAAGAUCACUCGGAGCCUCCGUUGCAGGAAAUAACAAAAUUACCUCUUGAUGAAUCCAGUUAUGAUGCCCACUACUCCGAUACAAACUCUCUCAUAGUCCAAAUUGGCCGUGACAUGUCUAUAAAGUGUCUCCUUCACUGCUCUCGGUCAGACUAUGGUGCCCUUGCAUCCCUGAACCGAGCUUUUAAUUCCUUGAUCCGGUCCGGUGAUCUCUACAGGCUACGGCGACAGAUGGGGAUCAUCGAGCACUGGGUAUACUUCUCCUGCAAUAUACUCGAGUGGGAAGCAUAUGAUCCCUAUUGCGGACGCUGGAUUACCCUCCCAAAAAUGCCACAGAACGAUUUCUUCAUGCGCUCUGAUAAGGAAUCAUUGGCUGUGGGCACUGAGCUCCUUGUUUUCGGAAGGGACUAUACCUGUUGUAUUUCCCAUAUAGUACUGAGGUAUAGCAUUCUGACAAAUUCUUGGUCCCAAGGUAUUGAAAUGAACUCCCCUAGGUGCUUAUUUGGAUCAGCCAGCUUUGGGGAGAGAGCUAUCGUAGCCGGUGGCGUAGAUGCACAAGGUGCUAUAUUGAGGUCCGCGGAGCUUUACAAUUCUGAGACACAAACAUGGACAAUUCUCCGUAGCAUGAAUAAACCAAGGAAGAUGUGCUCAGGUAUCUUUAUGGACAACAAGUUCUAUGUGAUCGGCGGAAUGUCUAGCUCUACAGAAUUGCUGACGUGUGGGGAAGAAUAUGAUAUGGAGAAACAUACCUGGACGGUCAUUCCAAAUAUGUCCCUAGGACUCAAUGGUCCAAGUGGUGCACCUCCGCUGGUUGCAGUAGUUAAUAACGAGCUAUAUGCAGCUGAUUAUGCAGAAAAAGAGGUUAGAAAAUAUGACAAGAAGAAUAACUCUUGGAUCACUUUGGGAAGGCUGCCUGAGAGACCAGAUUCAGUGAAUGGUUGGGGCCUAGCUUUUCGGGCUUGUGGUGAACGACUCUUGGUGAUUGGCGGACCGAGGGUGCUUGGAGGAGGGAUGAUUGAAUUAAAUUCAUGGACUCCGAGAAAUGGGCCUCCAGAAUGGAACAUGAUUGCCAGCAAGCAUUGUGGGAGCUUUGUGUAUAAUUGCGCUGUGAUGGGCUGCUGAGAUUUGUCUGAAGAAUUGUUGCAUGCCUUUUGGAAGAGGAUGUGGAAGAUUGAUUGGUUGAAGGGCAUAAAACACUGAUUCGACCAGGGUAAUCUCUGCCUUUUUGAAAUUUCAGAUUUUACUCGGGAUUUGACGGAACACUCUCUUCUAAGUAACACUUGAGAUUUAUCCUCUCUCUUUUAUCUUCUAGCCCUGCCCUGAUCUAAAUUAAGACAAAACAUUUGAACUUCUUCCAAAAUGCCUAUUCGCAUGAGAGUGCUCACGUGGGUCAUGCAGUACAAUUACAUAUAAUAAUUUGAUGUAGCUGCAUGUUCCUCUGUUUAUUAGCUUUACAGUGUACUAUUCUGCCAUUUCAUUCUUGUUGCCACUAUCUCAAGGAAAUAAAAUUGGUCAUCAGUUCUUGUA